AUGACUCACAGCACCCAAUCUGCAGUCGCAACCGUGCCGAAGGAGACCACCCCGACCGUAGAAGCCUCCGUCACUCAGACCAUGCCAGUGGAGACGGACAUCGACAUCGAUCUCUCGGAUAGUCCUGCUAACGACACCAUGAUCGCUGCGCCCGCCGCAGAGUACCUGGAAGACCUGAUCGAUUACGACGAUGACGAGCUCUUACCUGCUAGUCACGACAGCGGAGAUGACACCCUGAUCGGACUCGACGACACAGACAUCAAGUUCGAGGAUGAGAUCACCGUCGCCAAGGACACGUCCCUGGCCGAGCAGCAAGCCGAUCACGCGCAAGGCAUGCAGGAAGUAGCUGACCAUCACUUGGAGCAGGCUAAGUAUAUGAUGAGCAUGGGCCCGCAAACCCUACUGGGUUCCUCACCCGAUAUGGCGUCGGCGCUGCAGCUCAACAACGUCGGCGACAACGUGACUGUCAAUGUCUCUGUUGAUGGCAUUACUUACGAGAUCACCUGGAAAGUCGCUGCUGUCCAUGGCGAGCAACCUCAGCCUGCCAUCGAGCAGCCUGCCGCCAGCAUCGCUGUCAACACCACCCAGCGCAAGACGUCCCUUCGCGACGCUCCACCACUUUCAACUAGCGCAAAUCCAGCCGCUCGCUCCGCCGUCAAGUGUAAGUUCGGUAGCAAGUGCAACAAGGGUACUUCUUGCACCUUUGAACACACUGUCAAGGUCAAGCUCUGCACGUGGGUCAACACUGCGCAGGGCUGCACCAAGGGCAAGGCUUGCGAGUUUUCGCACGACAACGAGGGUGCGAAGUGUACCCGUAGCACCACUCGCUCGGACUGUGCCAACGGCAAGGGCUGUGCGUUUAAGCAUGGCGAUGAUGUCGGUAUUGCGGUCAAGCCGAAGGCUGUCGCGCCCGCUGCUGAGCAGGUCAAGACUCUUCCUCCUGCCGAUGCGCCAAUUGGACCGAAGGUUGCUAAUGCUCCUCCUAGCAAUGCACCAACUGGCCCCAAGGGUACUGGGAAGCGUAGCCGCGACCAAGAUGAUGACGGCGGCAACGAGACGCAGCACAAGCGUGUCAACAACAGCACUGACAACUUCAAGGCUGGUGGCAGCAACAACCGUGGUGUGAAGCAGUACCGGGGUCGUGGUCGAGGCAAUGCCCGUGCUGGUGGCAGAGAACGUGUCGGUGGUGCGCUUGGAGGCGAUAUGCGCAUCAAGGGCGCUGCAGGGGGACGGUAG